ACCCGACCGGGGAGAGCCGAGGGGGCUCGAGUCGAGACGAGCGCGACCGAGUCCCUGCACGAGGCACGCCGAGUCCCCACCAUCAGCAGCGUUGCCGGCUCAGUCGCUGUGCGGGAGUGGUCACCGAGGGAUGUGUGGUAUCGUAACCGAGUGUGAUUGAGGAAAAAGACCCGGCGUAGUUUCUCCGCGUAAUACGCUCUCGCUCUUUACCCCCCGGACAAAAAGGAACUAGCAAUACCGAGAGUCUAGUCAGUUUUCGGACCCCUCCUGUUACCGCGCGCAACUCUACGGAAUACGCCGACCGUCUAUUUAUUUAAGUAUUUAUUGUACAAAAGACUUUAUCUAUAGCUAACACAAUGUCCGUGGACAAGGAGGAAUUGGUACAGCGCGCGAAGCUCGCCGAACAGGCGGAAAGGUACGACGACAUGGCAGCCGCGAUGAAGGCGGUUACCGAAACAGGCGUCGAGUUGUCGAACGAGGAGAGGAAUCUGCUGUCGGUAGCGUACAAGAAUGUCGUUGGCGCGAGACGUAGCUCGUGGCGAGUAAUCUCCUCCAUCGAGCAAAAGACCGAGGGUUCCGAGCGUAAACAGCAGAUGGCAAAGGAAUAUCGAGAAAAGGUUGAAAAGGAGCUGCGCGAGAUCUGUUACGACGUGUUGGGACUCCUCGAUAAGUACCUGAUCCCUAAGGCUAGCAAUGCCGAGAGCAAAGUAUUCUACCUCAAGAUGAAGGGCGACUACUACAGGUAUCUCGCAGAAGUCGCCACCGGAGAAACAAGACACGCUGUGGUAGACGACAGCCAGAAGGCAUACCAGGAUGCGUUUGAAAUCAGCAAGUCAAAGAUGCAGCCUACCCAUCCGAUCAGGCUAGGUCUCGCCCUCAACUUCUCCGUUUUCUAUUACGAGAUCCUCAACUCACCAGACAAGGCCUGUCAGCUAGCAAAACAGGCGUUCGAUGACGCGAUCGCGGAGUUGGACACACUUAACGAAGACAGCUACAAAGAUUCCACUCUCAUCAUGCAACUUCUGCGUGACAACCUCACCCUUUGGACCAGUGACACGCAGGGUGAGCCGGACGAACAACAGGAGGGUGGCGACAACUAACCUUCCUAAGCUUAAGUCCUUUCUAAACCUAAUAAGAACAUCCUAUUCUCUAUCGUCCCCCCGUCCCUCGAAGUGCUCACCAGUCCAUCCACCUGAGAUCGAUUUGUCCAUUUACCUGUCCUUUCGUCCUUCGCGUACCUCGUUUCCUCUUGUUCCUUCCAUCGCCUGUCCUUCCUGCCAUUUUCCUUCCCAUCUUCGUACUCCCUUUUCAUUUCCCUCGGCCCCUUUUCAUCGAUCGACCUCCUCUUCCCUUCCUCUAUUACUUGUCUACCUACCCAUACCUCCACCUACCUUCUUACCUACUUACCUACCUACCUGUUCAUCCUCCAAUUUCCCUUCCCACCUUUCUUCUCGUCACAGUCGGAAGACCAUCAGCCGAGAAUUCCUUUUUCCUUGAUCUCCUCCUCGAAAAUCAAUCGACAUUUGUGUCCUAACGCGACCGCACACCGCUGAUGCCACCGCCACAGCUGUUUCGCCCGGUUCGAAAGCUCGAACAGGAGAAUCCCGCGUUCUCGACCGUAUUCUCUCCUGGAGGAUGGAACCGAGUUGCGUCGCGUUCGUCGCGCGGUAUGCACCCUACAUCAGAAAGAAAGAAAGAAAGGAAGGAAGGAAGAAAGAAUGGAAAGAAGAGAGAAAGAGAAAGAGAGAGAGAGAGAGAGAGAGAGGAAGCGUAUGUUCCGUGUCGUGUGCGCGCGAGUGCGAGCGUGAAUGUGUAUGCGUGUCUGCCGGGGAGAGGAGGAAAGAGAGAAGAGUGAGAAUAACGAACGAAUCUUCCGAAGCUACUGUCUCAGCGAUGCGUCGCGCACAACACCGUUUCUAAUCACACGUACGAUCCUCGACGAAGGGAAACGGUCGAGUCGCGAGAAUCGUCCGAUUUCCAGCAUGAAAUUUCUCCGAGAAAAAAGAAAAAAAGAAAACAGUCUCGACUCGUGUUUGUACGGAAGAACGAGGAAGGAGCAAAUUGUGGAUGAACAGAGGAAAGGACAGGAAGAGUAUUAUUUCGCAAACUUUGUCUCGUCGUACGACUUCGUUCGGAAACGUUAGAUAUAGAGCAACUAAAGGCGAGUAAUAAUUACGGAGACUAUAAGAAAAACGAAGAGACGGAGAAGUCGAAGGAAAAUAUGCGUAGUGUUCGUUCGAUGCCGCCGCUGUUAGUACGAGACACGGGAUGCGAAGAAUAUAACGCGAAACACCACUGUCACUCCCAGAUCUGCUCACUAUUUACCAUCUAAAACAGCGUUCCCCGUCGACGGAGCCUCUCCCGUGCCGGCUGCUUCCUCUUCCAACUGUUCGUUCCGCGUAUGGCGCGCGUCGCGCGCGCCUGUGCGUUGUCGGGAAAGCCACGCGGUGCCGAAGAGACGGCCAUGACGGUCGUCCGAUCGCCGUGACGCCUCCAUCGUCGCGAGAGGAAGCCGAAAUGCCGCUACGGACGACGCGUGCGUCGGUGACGCGCGUUCAACGGAAAAUACGCGAAAGAUGCGAGAAAGACGAGAGGAAGAGUUUCCGUGGGAAACGGUGUAGAGCGUAGAGGUGCAGCGCGUCGGUUCGGUCCACCGUUAACGGUGCGCACCCUCGGAAGCGCAAACCUGUCUUGUUUUUCCUUGGUCUUGUUUUGUGAUCUUGUCUUGUCGCGUCUUGUCGCGUCUUGUCGCGUCUUGUCACGACAGAGAGAGUGCCUCUCUUCCUCAGCGUCGCGUGGUUUCCUCGAAGCGCGGACAGCAGCGGGAGGGCUCCGUAGGGUCCGCGAGCACUCGCUAGAACAGCGUUCAUCUAAAAUAUUGCUAAAAAGAAAACAGACGUUUAAGAAGAAACGAAGACAAAGGGAAAAAGCACGCAUGAAACUAACUACAUUAUAUCCAGUUGUCAUUAAAUUAAAUUUCACAUUGUCUAGCAAGUACGAUAUUAUUAUACGAAGGGAAGAACGCAGGAGGAGAAAGGAGAGUAAAAAUACAUUAAGUUAUUAAGUUCCAAAACAA